GUGGGGGCGUCAGAGGCUAGAGGAAGGGGCCCCUGAAGAAGGAGACAAGCUCUACCAGGCCAGACCUUGCCAGCAGCAGGAGGAAGAGAGAAAUAGGUUGCCCCCACCACUGCAGAAGGGUGGGGGGCAAGGGUCACCAGGGUUAGAAAGACCUGGCCUGCCUUGGAGGAGUCAGGCUGGGGCUCCCCGCACCAAUCAAAUGGGGGGGGGGGGGCUGCAGACCUCAAGGGUACUGAGUACCAUCAGAAUCAAAGAAAGGAGCCCCUCUGUCAGCCCUCCACCCAAAGGUUAUGGCAUUUUUUUCUGGGAUUGUCACAUUUUCUUCUUUUUUUGGACUGGGCGGGCUCAGGGACGUUCUUUUUCCUUCUGUGGAGCAGAGUAGCAGCUGCUCCCAAGGGAACCUCUGUCCCCAGAGGCCAGGCUUGCUGCCUGUCCAGCCUCUCCCAUCCCAGACUUGGGGGCCAAAGCCCCCAAGGGGCUGGGAAAGGGGAAUGCAUCACCUCCCAAAUGCUAGAAUGGGGGGCAGAAACCCCAGUUCAGACCCUGUAGCCCCUCAAGAGAGAGUGAGCGGCCAGAGAACCCCAGCCAGCCUGAGGAGGGCGCAGGGAGCCAGUCCAGGCCUGCAAGAGGCACAGAAGACGCGGGCCCCAAAUGCACCCUCCAGCCCCGGGGCCCCCCUGGAUCUGCACUCCCAGACAGGGCCCCUCCUCUAAUUCAGAGCUAAGUCUUGGGGUGCUUGGGGGAGAGGGGCAGGCCCUGCCCCCACUCACAGUGGGUGGGGGGUGCAGAGGAGGAAGAGCAGUUUUCUGCCCAGCUGCCAGACCAGAGGUUGCCACACCCCUUCCUUUCCCUAGAAGCUUGACCUCUGAGGGAAAGGCAAGCUCUCAGCUGCUCCUUCCCCAUCUGCUUGCCCAGUGUCUCUGGGACCCAGUUUGAGGGUCCCCUCCCCCAGGAUCUCAGGGGAAGUCAGGUAGCUAGCUGGUCAGGGGCCUCAGCCCCAGGGGACCCUACACUUUACCCCUAGCUUUGGGUCAGGGCAAGGCCUCUGCGUGCCCAGGCCCUGGAGGCAGGGGCGCUCCGGUGUACACGCUGUCCCGGCGUCCCUACUCCAAGACCUGCCCAGCCGUGGUGCCUGUCCUAGAGCUCCUCCUCCCUUCCCUUCUACCCUGGGAGACCCCAAGAAGCCAACAUGGCCCAAAUGGGGAUUGAAAGUCCACAAGCUGAGGGGUGGGGACAGCAGGGAGGAUGGUAAUGACAUGAGAAAAUAAAGUGAGAGCAAGUCGUGAGCCUCCAGGCACAAAGAUGGGGGUGAGGGCAGGACCUGGUGGCUCAGGAAGGUCCUUGUCAGCUGUGCAGGGAAGCCCCUGGGCCCUGUGUGUCCUCACUUAGGCCAAGGUGGGCGCAGGCAGGGGUCGUGGUGGGAAAGCAUUCAAAACGGCCCCCAGGGCACUGACUGACUCCCUCCCCGUGGUGGAGACUUUGGGAUCUGUGGUUGGCCUCAUCGGGGGAUGGAGGUGGGAGGGUCAAGCUCCUCACCCUGUCUUGGGACUCCAGAGCCCAGGGCCCCCUGCAUGCCUCCACCCUGAAACAUGGGUACAGAUACUGAAAAGAAUGCUGACCCUCACCUCCUCCAGCAAUCCCACAUCUCUGACUCAGGGAGCAGGACACCCCAGCCCCUUGCUACCCCCCACGCCCCUCCACCACUGGCACCCCAGGUCGCAUUGGUUUCCACAGCCUGGUGGGGGUGGGGGAAAGGAGGCUGGGAGCCCCUGGGUGUGGUAAGGUACCAGCUGGGGGGUGAGUCCUGGAGGCAGGGCCCAGGACCUAGAAGACAGAAGCCAUGGGCUCGUGGCUAGGGGGUUCAUGGCCCUCCUCCCCCACGCCCUGCUGCAUUUCCCACACCCUGGGAAAGUCCUGGCCCACUCCUCUCCAUGCUGCAAGCCUAGUGACCUGCAGACAGGCACUCCCCAUGGGGAGCAACCCUCCCCCUGCCCCUACCCACUGCAGAAAACCCAAAAUGGAGGGAGCUGGGGAGGGGGUCCAAAUGUCUGGCCACCACCCUCAUGCAUUAACCUGAUAGCCCCAGACCCGUGGGGCCCCCAGUCCCCUUGGGAGGGGCCAGGAGCCGGAAACCAAGAAAGAGGAACCCAGACUUCCGGCUUCCCAGGGACAGAGCAAAUGGGGGUGUCCCGGAACCUCCUGUGGAGAUCUUGUCUGGGGCCCCCUCCUCACCAACCCUGUCCCGGCUCACGGCGCUGGUGUAGGCUGGGGCGGAGACUCCCAGGCUGUGGUGAGGGUCCUGGAGCCAGCACCACGGAGCCCGGGCGACCUCCUCCUCCCACCCAUGCCCACCCCACAUGAGACUGAGAAGCAGCACGUAGGGCCGCAGGAGGCAGACCAGCCCCCCUCGAUGUCCAGUCAUGACGCAGCCCCCCCGGCUGCCCCCAGCCGCAACCCCUGCUGCUUGUGCUGGUGCUGCUGUUGUGGCUGUUCCUGGGCUGAAGAGCGGCGGCGAGCGUGGCGGGUCUCCCGGGAGAACAAGCUGCAGCCUCUCCCCGGUUGCGAGGCAUGCGCCACGCCGAGCCCCGAGGAGGUGCGGAGCUGGGCGCAGUCGUUCGACAAGCUGAUGCACAGCCCGGCGGGCCGGAGCGUGUUCCGGGAGUUUCUGCGCACGGAGUACAGCGAGGAGAACAUGCUCUUCUGGCUGGCCUGUGAGGAGCUCAAGGCAGAGGCCAACCAGCACGUGGUGGACGAGAAGGCCAGGCUCAUCUAUGAGGACUACGUGUCCAUUCUGUCCCCCAAAGAGGUGAGCCUGGACUCGCGCGUGCGGGAGGGCAUCAACAAGAAGAUGCAGGAGCCGUCCGCACACACGUUCGAUGACGCCCAGCUGCAGAUCUACACGCUCAUGCACCGGGACUCCUACCCCCGCUUCCUCAGCUCCCCCACCUACCGUGCCCUGCUGCUCCGGGGGAGCUCCCAGUCCUCCAGCGAGGCCUAGGCUGCUCACCCGCCCGCGGCCGCACAGACUCGGGACCCAUCCGGCAGGAAAGGACUCGGUUACCUGUGUCAGCAGGUGUCCGGCACGCCCACAGGGGCCCAGCACCCCUGGGGGCAGUCCCAGACUGGAGCCCCCUCUCUACACUAGGGACAUGGUACCCUGAGGUCCUGCUGUGAGGCAGGUGUGAGGGCCUCUGGGAUCUAGCAGACCCUCCCGAUCUGGCUCCCUGUUGGCUGGCCCAGGGCUCCUGCUGGGGCUUCUGCUGGGGGAGAGGGACCCUCCCAGGAGUGCUCACGGACCCAGCGGCUUCAUGGGGGGCCUCCUCCCCGGCAGCCGGGGACCUUGAAAAAUGCCUCUGAUGGGAAGCAGAGCCUCUGUGACGUCUAGUUGUUACAUGAGGAGACCCUCUGACUCAAGCUGUCUGCGCCCAGAUCAGACCCAGAACCUCAAAACUAGGCUCAAGGCAACAAGAGCCAGUUUCUUUUUUAUAUUUUCAUUAAGUUUAAACCUGGAAACAUGUCUUUACUGUAUUUUAUCAAAAAAAGAAAAAGAUGUUUUCAUAUUUAUCUCCAUUCCUUCUUCAUCCAAAAUAGGAUCUUACUAUCGAAGAUAUUUUUA